UUAAAAUUUUGAAUUGUAAAACAUUAAUAAAGAUGUUUUAUUCAGUUAAUACUUAAUAAUUCACCAUCAUUGAAUAGGCUAUUUUUUUUAAAUUACAUUUUGUAUAGACUCAUUUUACGUUUUCAAAGGAAAUAUUAAUUUUAUCCAUGCUUAAUUAAUUAUUAAACUUUAAAUAUUAGAUAUAAUGGACGAGUUCAAUGCAAAACGAUUAAUAGUUUUAGUUGACAUGGAUUGUUUUUACUGUCAAGUAGAAGUGCAGCAUAAUCAAUCGCUAAUUGGAAAACCAGUAGCUGUUGUACAAUAUAAUAGUUGGAGAGGUGGCGGGAUAAUAGCUGUAAAUUAUGAGGCAAGAGCAAAAGGAGUUGGGCGUCAUAUGAGAGGAGACGAUGCGUUGAAGACUUGCCCAGAUUUAAAUUUAGUUCGUGUAAAAGAACUCCACGGUAAAGCAGACCUAUCCAAAUACCGGGAAGCGAGUCAAAAAGUGUUUGAUGUCCUUAGUGAAUUUUGUCCAUGCGUACAACGAGCUAGUAUUGAUGAAGCCUAUUUAGAUUUAACUAGUGCAGUAAAUAAUUAUGUUAUAUCAAAUCGCAAUAAAGUGAUCACUGAAUCUGAUUUACCUAAUACAUAUAUUGAGGGUUAUUCAGAUGAUAAGAGUUCUACGGAAGGUAAUAGUAAAUAUAUCAAAUCUUGGCUGAACGAUGUAUAUAAUAAUGAGCUACAAGAUGAAAAUUUACUACAUUUAACAAUAGCUGCCAUGAUGGUAGAAAAUCUGAGACAAUCAAUUUUUUUGAAAACCGGUUUUCGAUGUUCAGCAGGAAUAGCAAAUAAUAAAAUUUUAGCCAAGUUAGCGUGUGGCUUGCAUAAGCCCAACCAGCAGACAUUAUUACCCCCAUCUAGCAUACCACAUCUAUUUAGAUCGGUGCCACUAAAAAAAGUACGAAAUUUGGGUGGUAAACUAGGCAUUAGGGUUGCACAAGAAUUUGAAUGUGUUUUCAUGUCAGAUUUGGCUAUAAUUCCUUUAGAUAUUUUACGACAAAAGUUUGAUGAUAAAACCAGUCAUUUUUUGUAUCAAGUUUCAAGGGGUAUUGAUAAUGAACCAGUUGAAUCGAGAUUAAUUCCUAAAUCAAUUGGCAGUUGCAAAUCAUUUCCUUUGGGGUUAAAAGUAAAAAAUGAUGUUAAUCAUUGGGUGUGCACGUUAAUAGAUGAUGUUGUUGACAAAUUAGAAGCAGACCUAAAAACAAAUAAAAGACGAGCAACGUCAAUGACAGUCAGCGUCAGAUAUCAAAACAGAGAUACUAGUCUCCCUACAUCGCAUUGCGGGGAAGUAACAACAUAUAACCGUGACAAAUUAUUGAACACAGCUCAUACACUGUUAUAUUCUAUGACUGAUAAUCAAAAAUCAUCUAUAAAUUGGAAAAAUCCUUUGACACUUAUAGGACUAGCUAUUGGGAAAUUCAAAGAAAUGAAAGAGGGAAAAUCGUUAAUCAACAAUUAUUUUAAUAAAGCUACAGCGGUAGAGACAAAACAAACGAAUGACAUUAAUUCAACUGCACUUGACUGCAAACAACCAAUACAUUCUGAAACUUAUGUAGACAAAAUAAAUAAAAAUGAUUGUCUUGUAUUGACACAAGUUUUUGAGAAACCAAAAGAAAUAUAUCAACCAUCAACAAUUUCUAAAAGCAAUGAUUCAAUAACUAAUAAUGAAAAGUUAAAUUCGGAGAAAUCUGAAAAAAUUAAUGAAACCAAUAACAUACAUCAGGAAUCACAGCAAUACAAACUGAAAUCAACAAGUCAACUUGGUGGUUUUUUCUUUAAAAAACUUGAAUCAAUUCCUCCCAUAAAACCACAUAAAACUGGAGAGUUUUCACUAACAGAAUUCAAUAAAACAAACCAUGAAGAUAAUAACACGUAUAAAUCAGAUAAAGUAACUUCUGAAGAUAAAAAAGAACUUUAUGAUUCCCAUUCGAUUAAACAACCGUUCGCUACAGGGGUUUUCUUAAAAAAACUUGAUUAUGUAUCUCCUAGUAAACAGGUUAUAAGAGAUGAUCUAUCUAUUGAAGAAAAUUCUGUUGUAGAAACCGCUAUUGAAGAUAAUCCAUUCAAGUUGUCAUGUGAUCGAUGUAAUAAGUUAAUCGAUAUUGAGGAAUAUGAUGAACAUUUGGAUCAUCAUAUAGCUUUGGAACUAAGCAAACAGUUAAAUUCUGUUGAAAAUGUAAAUAAAAUAGCGAAAAUUGAUGGUUUACAUAAAUCUCCAAAUAAAACUGUAAAUAACAAUCGUAAACGAAAACUCGGUAUACCUAAAAGUCCUAAAACAAAAAAAUCUUGCACUAAAAAUAUUUCUUCUUAUUUCAAGCCAGUAGGUACGUAAAUUCUAUGCAUCCACGAGUGCAUCAUUCAUCAAAGAGGAUUUCCAAAAUUAAUUAUAUAUUUAUCAAUACAUUUUGAUUGCAAACCAUAAUGUUAAUAAAUAAUAUUUAUAUUUUAAUAAAUGUGACCUAGUAAAUAUUACAUAUUUUUUUAAGAAUACUUGGUGCAAUUCCAGAUAUGUUGCCUAGUCAUUUGAUUAAAGCAUGGUAUAGGUCACUAAAAAAAACAACACAUUUUUAUCAUUUUUAGCAAAUAUUAGAAAAGUUUACUGUUAUUAAUAGAAUAGUUAAUGUAUAAAUAUACAAUAUAAUGAUACUACCGUCCUUUAUUUAAUUUUACAUUUAUUUGAUUAUUAUA